UAACCCUCACUCAUCGAUUGGACCCAAGAGCUGCAGUCAACGUGGCGCCUAAGUGGAAUAGGCCUCUUAGCCGCCUGGAUAAGUGGCUGAGUAUGAUCGCCUAAAUCCUUCGAGGCCCAAUGCGGGGCUCUCCGACCAAAAGGCUGCUGUCGUGUUACGAAGGCAACGAUAGGACUUGCGGCCCAACAACGGAAGUCCAAGUCCUGGGGACAGAGCCUCAUGAUGUCUUCAAAUGACUUCUAGUGUAAAGUUUAUGUUCUGUGAACCCGCCUGUUCUCUUCGUUGCAACUGUAACAGUGAUUGUACGCCCAUCUAAUGAUUGAUGAUAAAAUGAAUGCUCAUUUCAAGAUUAGGAUACUUUCUCCCUCAGAAAAGGGAGCAAGCUGGACGAUUGAGGAAAGAUACGUUGAUUGUUCGACGUUGAUUGACCUUGUACACCCAGAAUUCGGUAGCCUACCGGAUCAAUGCUACAUAUUCAUGCACAAAGAUGACUACCCACCCGUAAACGGCGGGCGUGAAGCCCUUCUCGCAGCCUUCAACGUCCCCAGCUUCGUCGCCAGCAGAACCUGCUUCGAACUGAACGGCUACGCGGGAUGCAGACCAGUAUUCGAAGAACCGCAGCAGAAAGAUCCUUUUGGGGAGCAAGACGCUACCCCUACACUCACGACCUGCACAACAUGGUUCCGCUAUCUCGCAAAGAUGGUCCGCAAGAUUGACUCCUUCCAGGAUAAGCACAAACCUCACGACAAGGAGCCCGAAUAUGUCCCUGAAGUGUCCAAAAAAGGAUAUGAGUGGUUCGAAAUGAGCGUCUUCACCCGCUGGGACAGCCCCGGAAAAUGUCGAGUCCUAUGCAUCGACACUCCACCCGAUUUCCCGAACCGGCUCAAGGACGCACUACUGCUGAAGCUGAAGCAGAAGCCGGCAGGAGGGAGUCCAAGUCCAACUAUGCUAGAGGCUGCCCAAGCAGACCCCUUUGCCCUCCACGCCGACCUCCUAGACAUCAUGAUCGUCUACUCAGACAUCUCCGUCUGGCGCGUCCGCGAUCCCAUUCGGCUCUUCGAAAAGUCGCGGCUCAACGGGCACGAUCUGUUCGAGCAGAUCCACGACCACGCAAGGCACGCGCAUCACUCGUCCGAGGUGCUGGAGGCGGCUAUUCAGACGGUCGAGCAGUUGGGCAGGUACCAGAGGGAGAUUCAUGAGAAUAUUGCACAUGGGCAGCGCACGGGCAGCAGCCGAUUGGGUCUGACUCUGACGUACAGAGCGCAGGCGAGGGAGUAUACGCAGUUUCAGAUUUCGCUGGUUACGAGUUUGAAGUUGAGGAGUGAUUCGAGUUUGCAGAGGUUGAAGAAUGAGGUUGGGUUGGCGUACAACAAUAUCGCCAGACAAGAUAACAGCGUCAUGAAGUCAAUAGCGCUGUUGACCAUGAUCUUUCUCCCUGCCACCUUCAUCUCGGCACUCUUCAGCACCACCUUCUUCACCUUUGGCGACAACGGCAACUGGGAAGUCUCUGACGAGCUGUGGAUCUACUUUGUCACGACAGUACCAGCGACCAUUGCCAUCGUGGUGUUUUGGCGCGUAUGGCUUGACUAUGGUGAUGUUAUCUACAAGUGGUUCAAACGACUGGUGGGUAGAGCGUGGAACAGGGCUACAGGGUCCGUAUCAAGGACGAGGACAAGGACUGGAAAUGGGAUUGAGACGGACUUGGAGGAUAAGAUUGAUACAGCCAGGGUUCGGACGGGGGUUACGGUGUAGAAACAUGGGCAU